AUGGAUCGAUCUUCCAAGAGCCGGGGGAGGACUGGGACAUUCGCCGUGCAGCAUGCUCGGGCGAUGGGGAUGCGUAUGAUCGCAAUCGACACCAGCAAUGAGAAACGAGACCUGCGUAAGAAACUAGGUGGAACUCUAGUGGUAGUGGGACUGCCUGACGAUACGACGGCCAUUGCCGGAGCCCAGCCGAUGACAAUGGUCAUGCAGCAGAUCCGUAUUAUCGGGAGCCUGGUGGGAAGACUCAAGGAUGUCGAGGAGGCGCUCGACUUCACGGUCAGAGGUAUACCCAUUUUGACCCGCGGCACGCUCGAAGAGGUUGACAAAUAUUGCGAAUUGAUAAUGGCUGGGAACGUUGUUGGACGUGUCGUUCUCGAUCAUGUCAUUACGGACAGGCGCAAAGCGCGAGAUCCGCCCAUGAUAGAACCCGUGGUGCAGUUUCACGGAAAAUGGCCAUUUCAUCGUUUCCUGGGCAUCCAGGAACCCUUCUCGGUAUUGUUCUCAUUGAUGAAUUUCAUGGCUCAUCGGGAGGGCAUGAUGAGAAUUCGAGAGUCCCUCCCAGUUCGGUACAGUCUUCGACCGUAUUAUCUGGCAUUUGGCUAUUUUGGGCUAGCCAGUUGGAUCUUUAGUAUGAUUUUCCACACUCGAGACUUUAACAUCACCGAGAAGCUGGACUAUUUCGCGGCUGGAGCGAGUGUGCUUUAUGGACUUUACUACACUCCCAUUCGCAUCUUUCGACUGGACAAGAACGAGCCGACAAAGCAGAGCAUUCUUCGCGUAUGGACUAUUCUUUGCGUUCUUCUCUACGCCGCCCACGUCAUCUAUCUGACGGCAUGGAGCUGGGACUACACCUACAACAUGGCUGCGAAUGUGGCGGUGGGCAUUGUUCAAAAUCUACUCUGGAGCGGUUUCAGUAUCUCCCGCUACCGCAAACUGCAGAAAACGUGGGCCGCUUGGCCCGGUCUCAUUGUCGCCUGGAUCAUCAUGGCCAUGAGUUUGGAGCUGUUUGACUUUCCCCCGAUUGGCGGAAUGAUUGAUGCACAUAGUCUGUGGCAUUUGGGGACCGUGUUUCCCACCGUCUGGUGGUACAGUUUUUUGAUCAAAGAUGCGCAAGAAGACCUGGCCAGUCAACGACUGAAAGCUUGA